GUUCUGAGGUAUAUCAAUCUAUUUCUCUCCCUAGGGUUUUUUUUUUAUUUAUUCUUCAGAGCAUCCGAAUACUUUUUGACUUUCACUUUCACUUUCAUCUCUGAUUUUUCUUAACCUAUCACAUAUAACAAUGGUGAAGGCUGUUGCGGUUCUUGGCAAUAGUGAGGGUGUCAGUGGCACUGUUCACUUUACCCAAGAAGGAGAUGGCCCAACCACAGUAACCGGAACUUUUACCGGCCUCAAACCUGGACUUCAUGGUUUCCAUGUCCAUGCCCUUGGUGACACAACUAAUGGUUGCAUGUCAACUGGACCACAUUUCAAUCCUGCUGGCAAAGAGCAUGGUGCUCCCGAGGAUGAGCAACGCCAUGCUGGUGAUCUUGGAAACAUCACAGUUUGCGAAGAUGGUACUGUCAAUUUCACUAUUGUUGACAAACUGAUUCCACUCAGUGGACCAAAUUCCGUCAUUGGAAGGGCUGUUGUUGUACAUGCUGACCCUGAUGAUCUGGGAAAAGGUGGCCAUGAGCUCAGCAAAAGCACUGGAAAUGCUGGUGGAAGGCUUGCCUGCGGUAUCAUUGGUCUGCAAGGUUGAGUAGCUUCUCAAGGGCGGCGCUGUCUGGUAAAAUACUGAAGUCGAAUGCACUAGCUUCAUAUCCUGUGGAUAUCCAGCUACUAGUGAACCCUACAGUCAAAUAAAGGAUUGUUUUCCCGCAGAAAAAAAAGAAGUAAAUAAAGGGUUCUUUGGAAUCGAUAAACCUCCUUACUGUGUUUUGAUCUAGUCUUGCUUUGUGUGGUAUUUUUGUUUUCAGUAAUGGACUAUUUUUCUUUUUCA